AUGAGUGCAGCCAGCGUCCUCCGGUCUUUCAGUCCCUCUGCGAUGCCCGGCCCCGUCAUGCCCAUGGACGUCGCCAUGCGCUUCUACAUCAGCCACUCCCCCCCUCCUCUGCGGGGCUUCCUUAGCUCCUACGAGGACUUGCAACGCAACAAGAAACGGACCAACAAAGUGGAGAAGUCUCUGUACAAGCCCCUGCGGCCGUGCCUCAGCUCGCAGCAGACCGGACCAGACGGCACUCGAUGGGCGGCGAGCAAAAGCAACAAGAAGCGAGUGGUGUUUGCCGACAUGAAGGGACUCUCUCUCACCGCCAUCCACGUCUUCUCCAAGUUUGACGAAGACUCGUACCAAAGCAGCGAGGACCUGCAGUUCGACAUGUGUGAUUUGGAAGCGGCCACGGUGGACUUAAAAAUCAGCUCCAGCCGCCACCUCUCUCUGGACUUCAAACCCCCGUCCUCAGACUACCUGGACUUCCGGAACCGGCUGCUGCAGAACUCUGUGUGUCUGGAGAACUGCUCGCUGCAAGAACGCUCGCUCACCGGCACCGUCAAAGUUCGCAACUUUGGGUUCGAGAAGUCGGUGCACCUGCGGGUCACCUACGACUCCUGGGCCACGCACACGGACGUAGAGUGCGCCUUCAUGAACAACGUGUACGGGUGCCAGGACAGCGACACCUUCACCUUCGCGCUGGAGGUUCCCGCCUACGUCUCGCCGCAGAACCGCGUGGAGUUCUGCGUGUGCUUCCAGACACAAGGGCAGAGUUUCUGGGACAACAACGAUGGGAAGAACUACGCGCUGAAGCAUGUGGGGGUGCACGGGGAGGAGCUACACGUCCCUGGGGGGAAGCAGGGCUGCGCCAAGCUCCUGGACGCAGAGUUCGAUCAGUUCGGAAGCCCCCGCACUUCCAGCGGGAUGUUUCCCGGCUGGCAGAGCUGGGGGACGGUGGAGAACGCUGUGCCUUAUUGGUAA